AAACCAGGAGAGGAGAGGAGUAUCAAGCACCGGAGCAGCUGAUAGCUGGACAGCAGCAACCACUGCUGAGGCAUCACUCUGAUACAUAAAAGACACAUCUAAAAAAAAAAGGCAGCUGUACUUCAACACCAAGAAUUUGAAGACAUCGACAACCCUGAAUCCCUGCUGCACAAUGAAUCUCAAAAGAUUGAUUUUUCUGCUGCUCCUUCAGGGGUUGGUGGUGGUGCUCUUCUAUGGACGGUAUGUUCAUCACAAACCACCCGACACUCCUCCUUCCACUGGUAAAGUUCAUGUUCUGGUGCUCUCGUCAUGGCGAUCGGGCUCAUCCUUCAUGGGUCAGGUAUUCAGUCAGCACCCGUCUGUCUUCUAUCUCAUGGAGCCUGCUUGGCAUGUGUGGUUCACAGUAAAGUCACCGACUGUGCGACUGCUUCGGAUGGCUGUGAGGGAUGUAAUGCGGAGUAUAUUCCAGUGUGACUUCUCAGUAAUGGAUUCCUACCUGCCAGAACAACACAAUGUGUCCUCUUUGUUCAUGUGGAGUCACAGUCGAGCACUGUGUUCCCCGCCUGCCUGUCCCCUCACACCACGCAACCAGACGAGCAGUCAACCCCAGUGCUUCCAGAAAUGUGAUGCUCGAGGCCUGCAGAAGGUGGAAGAGGCCUGUGGCACGUACAGUCAUGUGGUGUUAAAAGAAGUGCGAUUUUUUGAGCUGGAAUCCCUUUACCCUCUUUUGAAGGACCCAAACAUGGAUCUCCGCAUCAUCCAUCUGGUCCGAGACCCCCGGGCCGUGCUGAGGUCCAGAGAGGAGUCAGCCUCAUCAUUUUAUAAAGAUAGCAGUAUUGUUUUGGGGCAGAGAAAGGUGGCAGCUGCUGAGGUGCAGUAUCAGGUCAUGCAGGAGAUCUGCCGCAGCCAUGUACGCAUUAAUGAGAGGGCUGUACUGAAGCCCCCUCCAUUUCUGAAAGGACGCUACAAACUAGUUCGCUAUGAGGAUGUGGCACGCAGCCCACUUAAGGAGGUUAAUGACAUUUAUGAGUUUGUAGGUUUAGGGAUGACCCCACAACUGGAGGACUGGAUCUACACACUCACACAUGGAAAGGGUAAAGGCCCAGCUUUUCAAAUAACCUCUCGAAAUGCUACAAACGUCUCCCAGGCUUGGCGCACCAUGCUGCCUUACAGCAAGGUCAAACGUGUUCAGGAAGUGUGUGAAGGAGCCAUGUCACUGCUGGGCUACAAGACAGUUAAGAGUGAAAAAGAGCAGAGACUUGGCAUUGAUCUGCUGGUUCCUCAAGGACCAUAUCAGUUCAGCUGGGUAUCAACAAAAAAAGAGCAUAAAAGUAAAAGAUAAAAGAUAGACAACAACUUAUCAGUACUGGAUACAGAGGACUGAAUUCUGUAUCUGAUCCUGUGGUUGUCACAAACUCAGUGCUUUAAGUGGGCCGGUACGGAGCGGUACGCAGUACCGGCACUUCUAAAUUGUACCCAUCAGCGUACCGGAAAUUAUUUACUGUGUGCGGCGCGUACCGGUACUGUCCUUCCCAGAUUCCCCAUCAGUCAGUAACUCCCCACGAUC